UUCUUCUUCCGUGCCUCCACCCUGCAGAGAAACCAUAGAAACCAUAGAAACCAAAACGUCCCAGAAUCAUUACUCUUACAUUUAUUAUGAGUUUUCCAUUCAAUAAUUCACUUUUCAUGCAUAAUGAUUUCGAUCUAUCUCUUUGUUCACCCUCAAACCGCCUCGAACUCCAUCUAUAAAUAUCGGCCCUCACUUCCCUUCACCUUGCAUCUGAAACGAUUUGCUCAAACAUACGAUCUCCUAGAAGCUUCAGAUGGCGAAUUCAUACACUCUGCUUGCGAAUUUGAGAGCCGGUCGAUACUCUAAUACUGCUGAGGUCCGCUUGCUGAGGUUCUGGGAGGCCAGAAAUAUCAACAAAGGAGGGGAGCUGAUGAGUAUUGAGAUGCUGCUCAUCGAUGAGGCUGAUACCAUGGUUCAAGGGUGUGUUCCUGCUGUUCACCAACGUAAGUUCAGGGAACGUCUUACUGAAGGAUCAGUUUACACUCUCAGCCGGUUUGACGUUACACGCAGCAACCCGAAAUUCAAGUUGACUGAUGGCCCUGACUCCAUCCGUUUCAAUGAAGGAACUGAUUUUAAGAAGCUUGCUGCCACUGCUAGAACCAUACCUACAGAACAUUUUCGCUUCCGACAACAUGGACAGAUUCUUGAGUUAGCAAACACCUCUAGACAGCUCCCAGAUGUUAUUGGGGAGGUUCGUGCAAUUAGGAGCACCAUCACGGACCGUUUACCCGGAGCACAACGCGUGAUGCUUACUCUUCGUGUGGAGAGUGAUGUAUCGGGCAAGUUAUACUUGAAUGGAACAUCCGCUUCAAGGAUUUUCUUUGACUCUGAGACCUCAGCUGGAAAGGAUCGGCUUGAAAGACUACCAGGUGGUGGAGCAGACGAGACAGGGUCUUCAUCAAAGGUGGUUCAUGCACAAAAGAUUGAGCCUCUCACCAUCGCUGAGCUUAACGAGUUUGUUCUCUCUGCUGAACCUCAGAUCAUCGAAUUCCUUUGCACGGCUAAAGUAACUGGGAUUCAGCUUGACGAUGGUUGGUGCUAUAUUGGCUGCUCUCUGUGUUCGAAGAAACUCAUCCGUGAGGAAACUUCAUUCAACUGUCCCUCAUGCAAUGAAACCAAUGCUGUAGCUGAACUGAAGUAUCGGGUAGUAUUUUCUGUUUCAGACCCGACUGGCACAUCGUCUUUCCUUGGAUUUGAUAAAGAAGUUGCUAAGCUGACUAAUGUGCUAGCUUCCGAAGCUGCGCAGAUUGUGGGGAUUGGUAUUAGUGCCCAUGUUGACACUGAGCUUCCUCGAACUCUCACUGUCAUUGUUGGUAACACCUACACUUUCCAGCUCAAGCUAACAGACUUCAACUUCACUGCAAACCACCAGACCUUCACCAUCUCACGCAUGUUUGCUGCACCAGAGAUAGCUCCCACCCCAAGCUUUGCUGAAGCCGAAGAGGUCCCUCAACCGGCAGUCUCUCAGACUGUGACACGAGGAUCUGCAGCCAAUGGUGCAAUUGGCAGCCGUGAGGCAGCAGAAGAGGAACAGUUUGCUAUGGAAGAGAGUGCCCAUAAGAAGGCACGUGUGGAAUAAGACCUUUUCCUAUAGCUUACAACUACGUUUCUAUUUUAUCAGUUUAUUUUCUCCAGUUUGAACUUUGCUUUUGUUUUUUUUUGCUUUUUUAUCUAAGACAAUGUCUCAGUGGUUAUUCGUUUUCAUUUUUAUCUAUGCAAAUCUUUUUCACGA